AUGUCCCAAAGGAAUCUCCCUGAAGAAAUCGUGUUUGAAAUCCUAGCAAGGUUACCAGUCAAAUCCCUACUUAGAUUCAGGUGUGUCUGUAAUUCCUGGUACUCUUACAUCACCAUCCCCAAUUUCAUCUCCACCCACUUGCUGUGCCACAAUCAUGAUGGUGGUUAUGCCGUACACAUGCCCAAGACUACUGUUAUUUCUCCUUCUUUAUGUCGUCCUCACAGUCAAAUCUGUACGGCUGCUUCAGACCGCAUGUUUGAAACUGUAUCAGAGUUUAGAAUUCACUUCACUUUUCAAUUUGGAUAUCCCGAUUUUGUGAGUUCAUGUAAUGGCAUAAUGUGUCUUGCUGAUUAUAGGCCGUUUAAGUUUAAGGAUGUGUACUUGUGGAACCCCAGUAUUAGAAAAUUUAAGAGGUUGCUGGAUACUUGCUUGACCCAGUUAUGUCCUGUGAGACUAGGAUUUGUGUAUGAUUCCCAGAAUAAUGACUACAAGUUUGUCAGGAUUUCAUGGGGUUGUCCCCAAUUGAUGCCUCCCCUUGAGGUUGAAGUGUACUCAUUAAGUUCGGAUUUGUACAAAAGAGUUGAACUUGGAAUCUUGUGGAGACCCAGUGUUGUGGCCACAAAUUUCAUAGUACUUUGA